UUUAGCCACUCUACGUUUGAGUUAUUUAGGCGUUUGUUAACACCGGGGAACUCAAAAUAUGACUUAUUUAACUUCCCAGCAUCACAUAUUUACCCCCAAGUGGUGUUUAAUUCGUGUUUGAGAAAGCACUUGUUGAUAUAUGUUAUCUAGGUAAUGGUAUUUAGCUAGCUGCUAAGAAUGGCUAACUGUAACGAUAUGGUUUUUCACACUCAAAUAGCCUCCAUCAUGGAGGUUCUAGCGAAUACAGCCGUGGCAGAGAUCUGUAAACUCGUAGACGACGACUAUGCAGUGUUUCGUUUGGAAAUAACUCAAAGCCAGAAAGAAAACAGGUCAUUGCGGAGGAAGCUACAGCUACUGGAACUGAAGGUGGCACGGGAACGCCGUCCCAGUAGUGCCAAGAUCCUCGAGCGAUACAGAGGAAUGGCAAGAGGUGAAGGACAUCUCACUGGAGGUCACAGGGGCUUUGUGAAGCCAGUGGGACACAAUACAUGGAGAGAUGACCAACCAAUUACAGUUGAUGAGGGGAGUGGAACCUCAACCCAGCAUGUUAUCGUGAUAGAGUCUGCAGAGGCUGCAGGUCCUGGGGUGAAGCUAGAGGGGUCUGAAGGAGAGGAGGACCCACGGCACAGGAGAGACAUCCAGACUGGAGUCGAGGACCCUACCACCGCCGCAGCGCAGCCCAGGACUCGACGCAGCAUCACGGAGGUCAGUGGAACGCUGACGGCCGUCCUCAAGUCAAAGACAGACACCAAGACUUUAACUGUAACUCACAGUCUCCUACAUACAGGACAUGACCACAUAUCAGACCCCGGUCUGGGGAGACUGGUCUGUCCUCCUGCUUCCAGCUCAGACUAUUUACCGGUAUUUCACCAGAGCCAGAAGCCUGUUCAUUCCCGUGGGGAUGGAGACACGUUAGAUACUGGUGGUGAUGAUCCUACUUGUUCUUACACUACAGAGGACCCAGAGGACCUCAACAUGCCCUUGGGUUUAGAGACACAGGCAGAUCUGUCUAUAGGGGACUGGAACCAGUACAGUAGUAGCGUAUACUCUGAAGGGUACUUAGAUAAGGAAGGGGAGGGGCUGGUCAUAGAUGAAGUGACUGUGAAAUUGGAGGGUGAUAUCCCUCCCACAUGGAAUGCAGAUCACCUAAGAGAAGGCCACUCGCAGGGCAGAGAUUUCUUAGACUACAGGGAAAGCUUAGAGACAAAUUCAAAUGUUGCGACCCACUCCCCUUUACACACGCUCAGAGAGCACAACCCCGUGUCCACGUCGAUGGGGUCUUCUGAUUCACACAGCCACAUCCUUUUCGAUCAGGUAUUGAACUCAAAUAGAGAUAAAACCCAGGCUUGGGGAGGGGGAGCAACAUCAGGCAAUAGUAAAGAGAAACGGUUCCUCUGCAUGUUCUGUAACAAAGGCUUCAGCUGCCCCCAGAAGGUGGAGAUCCACCAGAGGGUCCACACAGGAGAGAAACCAUUCAGCUGCACCCAGUGCCACAUGCGCUUCACAGAGGCUGGCACCCUGAAGCGGCACCAGAGGGUCCACACAGGGGAGAAACCUUACAGCUGCCCCCAGUGUGAGAAGAGGUUCUCCCGCCAGGACAAACUGAAGAGGCACCUGAAGGUCCACACGGGAGAGAGGCCGUUCGCCUGUACGCACUGCGUUAAGAGGUUCUCAGAGAGGAGCUACCUCAGAAUACAUCAGGAAAAAACCCAUUCCACUCUAACAUAGAAAGUAACCAUUCCAUUUGAUAGCUUCUAGAUCAAAGCCACAUUGAAGAUAGACUUUCAAUUUCCGCAACAACUAAGAGCGUUGGAAGUGCAAGGCCCAGACAUUGGAAUAUACACAGUGUACAAAACAUUAGGAACACAUGACAUGGACUGACCAGGUGAAAGCUAUGGUCCCUUAUUGAUGUCACCUGUUAUAUCCACUUCAAUUAGUGUAGAUGAAGGGGAGGAGACGGGUUAAAGGAUUGUUAAGCCUUGAGACAAUUGAGACAUGGAUUGUGUAUGUGUGCCAUUCAUAGGGUGAAUUAGCAACACAAAAUAUUGAAGUGCCUUUGAACACUGGAUGCAAAUGACAUCCAGCCAACUUGACACAACAGUGGGAAGCCUUCGAGUCAGCAUGGGCCAGCAUCCUUGUGGAAUGCUUUCGACACCUUGUGGAGUCCAUGCCCCAACGAAUUGAGGCUGUUCUGAGGGUAAAAUGGGGUGCAACUCAAUAUUAGGAAGGUCAAAUGAAAUUGUGUUUGUCACAUGCGCCAAAUACAACAGGUGUAGUGUAGACCUUAACACUUAUUUUUCUUAACUGCAUUGUUGGUUAAGUAAACACUUUUAAAUAACAAAUAAUAAUUAAAGAGCAGCAGUAAAAUAACAGUAGCGAGGCUGUUACUAACCAGUGCGGGGGCACAGGUUAGUCAAGGUAAUAUGUACAUGUAGGUAGAGAUAAAGUGACUAUGCAAAUAGACUGGGUAGCCAUUUGAUCAGCUGUUCAGGAGUCAUAUGGCUUGGGGGUAGAAACUGUUAAGCCUUUUGGAGCUAGACUUGGUGCUCUGCUACCGCUUGCUGUGCGGUAGCAGAGAACAGAUGUACCUAAUGUUUUGUACACUCACUGUAUAAGACAUGUAUAAGCCUAAUGCAUCUUUCAUGACUUCCAUUGAACUACCUAAUUUUUCCCCCCAAUAUUCCUUUGUGAAAAUGAAUGCAAUUCAUCAGGUUCAUGCAGCUCUGUAGUUGAGACAAUGUGUGUGUGGUUUUCAUAAUGGUGUAUUUAACUUGUUUGUUUAAUAAACACAAAAUGGGACUUAAGUCUGA